AUGUCGCGAAUCUUCGGUAGAUGGAAGAAGGCGAAGGAAAUGGCGUCGCUUUCGGGGUAUCUGCCACGUGGGCACCACCGAAUCGGAUUAAAUUUUUGUCCGAUUUCAACCAACCUGAAUAUGGUCUCCGGCCACCGGCGGUGGGAGGCUCUGGUGGGGGUCCAGGAGCGGUACAAGUGGGACUGCGGCGGGUCGGACGAUAACCCGACCCGGAAGAUCCGGGCUGAGGCUAAUUGCCCACGUUGCACCAAAGACAUGAACCUUGUUUUCUCCAAUCGCCACUUUCCCACCCCGCAAAGUGAAUCUAAUUCUGAAUUGGGUGGUGAGAGAGAAAGAGAAAAGGGUUACCAAGCAGUGAACCUUUGCCCAAGUUGCAAAACUGCUUAUUACUUUCGCCCUUAUGACACUACACCUUUGCAAGGUACUUUUGUGGAGAUUGGUAGGGUCAGUAGUACUAACAAUAAUGGUGUGAAUAAUGUAAGUGGUAAGGGACAUUCUUCUAGGAGGAUAAUACAUGGGAAAGGUGGUGGCAAAGAAGGUGGUGGUAGUACUAGUAGGGGUAGUCAUUGGGACGAGGAAUCUGGGCCUAAGAGUAAUGCAAGUAAAUGGCUUGAAGUGUCAUUGUGGGAGACUUUGAGGGCCUACAAUAGUGGUGGUGCUGGUGGUAAUGGUAGUAAUGGGGAGCCACCAGAGUCGUGGCCGUUACCUGUUGGUGGUAAUGAGAAUGGGUUGGCUGUGCAUACUCCUCCAGGCCCACCUUUUGCACCUGGGAUUAAUGUUAUCCGGGCUACGCGGCCGCGGAAUGGCGGUUCAGGGGGUGGUGGGGGCAAUGGUGAGAAGACUGCCUGGGGAGGGUCUAAUUUGGGGAAGGAUUUACCCUCACCGAAGGAAAUAUGUAAGGGUCUUGACAAGUUUGUCAUUGGCCAAAACAGAGCCAAGAAGGUAUCCUGUUUUAUUGAGUUUAUUUGUGUUGCUGAUGUGCAUUUAUGUGUCAACUUUCCCCUUUUGGAUUGUUUAGGAUGCAGAAUGAGGAUAGAAAAGAAAAUUAGUGUAAAUGAAUGUGUCUGUCUAGAUUCAUUGUCAUAG